AUGGGGGAUGUAAGUGAUAUUAACAAUUAUCAGUUUUGUGAGCAAAUAGGUCAUGGUGCAUAUGCGGAUGUCUUCCACGGUAUUCAUAAAAUCACUCAGCAGGAUGUGGCCAUAAAGGUUAUCAAUUUAGACACAAUAACGGAAGAUGAUGAAAUCUGUUUAGUGCGAGAAGUCACGGCUCUUCUUCAAGUAGACCAUCCUAACAUUGUAUACACCUUUGAAUACAUAUUAAACGAAAACAGGCUAUAUAUAAUUUCCGAGUAUAUUAAUGGUGGCAUGAUUUUGACUAAAGUUAAUGACAUGCACGGACUUUCAGAAUCCCAGGCUAGAAGCUAUUUUAAUGAUGUUCUCAGUGCCAUAAAUUAUCUGCAUAGAUCGAGAUUAAUUUGUCAUAGAGAUAUUAAGUUACAAAACAUUCUCAUAUCGAAAACCGGAUCUGCAAAACUUAUUGACUUUGGGUUUUGCAAUUCAAAUAACUUCCUUAGAUCCUUUAAUUCUUUCGUUGGAACUCCCGGAUUUACAGCUCCUGAAGUUGUCGAUGGAGUUGAUUACGAUAAUUCAUGCGAUAUAUUUAGCCUUGGUAUAUGUUUAUAUGCUAUGGUUGUCGGAAAAGUUCCAAUAGAUCUCCAAAAUAAGAAUUCUAAAUUGAUCCGUGAUCAAGUAAAUGCUAUAGAAUAUCCACCAACUAUGUCCCCAUUACUAGUAGAGUUGAUAAAGAAAAUGGUUAAUCCAAAUCCUAAGCUACGUAUUAAAUUAGAAGAAAUAAUUCGACACCCUUGGGUUAGAAUGGAAAACUUUCGGCAAGAUAGAUAUGAAGUUAGAAAAUGUCCGAUAGACCUCGGAGCAAUUACUUCAAUAGACGAAUUAACGAAUGUUAGAAGAAAACCACAAGUUAUUAUAGCAAAAAAUAUACUCCACUACAUAGGUUCUUUAGGCUAUGAUGUUCAUAAAAUACAGAACGAUGUUCAAAGAGGAGAAAUUACUCCAGAGAGUGCUGCAUUUUGGAUUGCAGUUAAAAACAACAUCGCUCCACCUGAUGAAUGUCAUAAAGUUAAGAAAUGUUUUUGUACAUCACUUCCUAUUAGUGCCAACGGACAUACUAUGAAAGAUAAAAGUCGACAAAGAUUACCUCAGUUAAGAAUUCCUCAUCCGAAUGGUCCGAUUUCUCAGCGAAAUAUUACUCCAACCGGUACUUAUACAAAGCGUUUGCGUUUUUGA